AUGGGCUUCUGUCAUGGACUUACCGUUUGGGUCCCUGUAGCUCUAAUGCUAGCUGAUAUGUUAGUAGGAGCAAUACCUCCACAAGAUGAAGAAAACCCUGUCAAGUUUGGUUUUGACUCAUCUCUCCCACCCCAAGACAAGUUCUAUGUGCCGCACGAAGCCUCGCAGCGGCCACACCAGCUAUUUAGUGUUUGCCUUUCUGCAUUGGUUGUGUGUAUUGCAUCGGCGGCUAGGACUGGUGGAGGGGCUUUGCUGAAUGCUGUUUACGUUUUAAUUUUGAGUCUGGAGCCGGAUGAGGCAAUUCCUGUUACUAGCAUUACCGUUUUUGGGGGAGCCAUUUGCGACGUCUUUUUCAAUCUAUGGAAAAAAUCAAUCCAUUCAAAUUUUUCGCUGAUCAACUGGGAUUUUAUUCUGUUGAUGCAGCCAAUGCUUCUCACGGGUGCAGCUCUCGGAGCGUCAAUGACAGUGUUGUUAUCUUCUUGGCUGCUUGUUAUCUCAAUGAUAGUGUACCUGAUCUACGUCGGCAGAAAAAUAUUUGUCAAGGCUUAUGCUGCUGGACAUGAUGAAGGUUGGCGGUGUUGUAGCAACAAUGAGAUGACAUUGCUGCUUGGUGUGCCGUCCUCUGGCGUUCAGGACGAGGACGGAAACUUUCAGUACAGGGCUUGUCACCCGUGGCGUAAGGUAGCAAUGAAUCUCGGUCUCUUUGUUGCUACAUUGCUGCUUACGUUGCUUCGAGGCGGAAAGUAUAUAUCCAACCCAUUUGGAAUUCCUCCCGGAUCAUUUGUCCUCAUAUUCGUCUCAGCGCUGCCUGUCAUCUUUCUUUUGGUCGUGUCACGCUACCAGAUGAAAGGCAUUGUGGCAACGUUUCAAAGGCAGCAGAGUUCUCGUUACAUCCUUGCACCAAAUGAAGUCAAGUGGUCGCCGGACUUCAUCCAAAACUUCUCUCUUCACUUGGUCGGCAGCGGCUUUAUUGCAGGGGCGUUCGGCGUCGGCAAUGAGGAUGCGACAUCAAUCUUGCUGCGCAGAGUAAAUUUUCCACCAGAAGCAGUGUCUGCCAUGUCGGCCACGACCGUGUUUUUUGUUAGCGGCGUGGCAUCCCUUAACUUUUUGCUGUGGGGCCACUUGGAUUUGCAAUUGGCCAAGUUAUAUAUGCCGCUUGGCCUAUUGAUGACGUUACUGGGUCGGAUGUGCCUAGGAAAAAUUGCUCAAAAAGCUAAAUCGUGCUCUUUAUUACUUUUUGCCAUUGCCGCUGCGAUUUUCAUUAGUAUUGUGCCACUUAGUUACAUGGAGUUGCGCGCUCUAAUCAGUUUCUAA